ACUUACAUAGUGCCAGGCACUGUGUGAUUUAUAAAUAUUAACUAAAUCCUCAUAUGAACCAUAUGAAGUAGGUAGUAUUAUCAUCCCUAUUUUACAAUGAGGAAACCUAGGCAUUAAGAGUCAGGUAACAUCUCAAGGUCAAAUAACUAAUAAGUGGGAGACAUGGCAUCUGAACCUAGGUACUCUGGCCCCAAAGUCUGUACUCUUACAACUAUACUGUUAAAUGAACAUGGAUAGUCCAUGGUAAAGGAACUUGCCUGUAGCAUAAACUUAUCAAAUAGAGGGGGAAGAAUAGGUAGGUCAUCAUUGCACCUUUCCAGUAGAACAGGGAGAAUCUGAGAGUAUUAGAUAGGAGCUCUGGUGGCACGGUGGUUAAGAGCUCAGCUGCUGACCAAAAGGUUGGCAGUUCGAAGCCACCGGCUACUCCUUGGAAACCCUUUGAGGCAGUUGUGCUCUGUCCUGUAGGGUCGUUAUGAGUCGGAAUCGACUCGACGGCAAUGGGAAAUUAACUCUAAGCUAAAAAUUGGGAGGGCGGGAGAAUUGUCUUUAACUUUGAGUUCUUAUAACAGCUAUCUCAUAGCACUGCUGUAAGGAAAAAAUUCUGUUUCUCUACUAUCAAAUUAGAGAAUAGGAAUCAAAUUGCGCAUGCUCAUAAAAUUUAAACGUUUAGCUACAUCUUGGAUAUAUCUGUUUUAACUUGUUUAUUUGUGUAUGUCUUCUUUUCUAGGUUUUUUUAAAAAAUAUUUUUCUAAUUGAAAGCUGCCUCGUUUUAUGUUUCAAGGAUGGCUGUCCCUCUGAUUGUAAAAUGGGGUGGACAGGAAUAUUCAGUGACCACACUUUCAGAAGAUGAUACUGUGUUAGAUCUCAAACAGUUUCUCAAGACCCUUACAGGAGUGCUGCCAGAACGCCAGAAGUUACUUGGACUCAAAGUUAAAGGCAGACCUGCAGAAAAUGAUGUUAAGCUUGGAGCUCUCAAACUGAAACCAAAUACUAAAAUCAUGAUGAUGGGAACUCGUGAGGAGAGCUUGGAAGAUGUCUUAGGUCCACCCCCUGACAAUGAUGAUGUUGUCAACGACUUUGAUAUUGAAGAUGAGGUAGUUGAAGUAGAAAAUAGAGAAGAAAACCUACUGAAAAUUUCUCGCAGAGUUAAAGAGUACAAAGUGGAAAUUUUAAAUCCUCCCAGAGAAGGGAAAAAGCUUUUAGUACUAGAUGUUGAUUAUACAUUAUUUGACCAUAGGUCUUGUGCAGAGACUGGGGUAGAAUUAAUGCGGCCAUAUCUUCAUGAGUUCCUAACAUCUGCAUAUGAGGAUUAUGACAUUGUUAUUUGGUCUGCAACAAAUAUGAAGUGGAUUGAAGCUAAAAUGAAAGAACUGGGAGUGAGCACGAAUGCAAACUAUAAGAUUACCUUCAUGUUGGACAGUGCUGCUAUGAUAACAGUGCAUACCCCAAGGAGAGGAUUAAUAGAUGUAAAACCUCUUGGUGUUAUAUGGGGAAAGUUUUCAGAGUUUUACAGCAAAAAAAACACCAUUAUGUUUGAUGACAUAGGAAGAAAUUUUCUAAUGAACCCACAGAAUGGACUAAAGAUAAGACCUUUCAUGAAAGCGCACCUAAAUCGAGAUAAAGACAAAGAACUUUUAAAAUUAACUCAAUACCUCAAGGAAAUAGCAAAAUUAGAUGACUUUUUGGAGCUAAAUCACAAAUAUUGGGAAAGGUAUCUCUCAAAGAAGCAAGGACAGUAAUUAUAAGUUAUACUGCAGUUAUUGAAGAUACUUGAGAUCCACGAACUUCUUGCUUUUAUGCUAGAACUCAUUAUGAUAGUGCCGGACACUGAAGCAAAUUCCAGAUUGCUUAUACUUUGUCUUCCAGUUUUUUGUAAAUUUAAUUUUAUAUUUUUUGAAGAUCAUAGCAAUAUGCUUUAAAAAUUCCAUUUUUUCCUAUAUGUAUAUGCUGUUACUCUUGAAAAAAUAUUCUCCAGCAUUGAUUACUAAAUUUUUUCUCACCCCACCCCCAAAACAAAAUGGAUAAAAAUGUAUGCUCAACAAUGUUAUUUUGUUACUUUGGAGACAAAUUUUGUCUUGUGUUUUUGUCUCACUAACUCUAAGAUCAAACUCAUCCUGAAACUAGUGUUUUUCCAUUUCAAACCAGAAAAAAAAAAAGUAUUUGAGUAAAGGACCUAAUAUUUAAGUAUGUAUAAAUUACCAGAAAAAAAAAGUGUUUGAGUAAAGGACCUAGUAUUUAAGUAUGCUUAAAUUACCAAGAAUCUUAUUGCUUUGUCAUAGACACAAUUUCUCGUCUGUACUCCACUGCUUAGAUCUCUAAAUUCUGAGCUAUGUCAAUUUGAUCUGUAUGUCUGACAUGUUCUUUAAGUAAAACUGGAAAUUGUCAGCCGUGAUACAGAUAUACCAUAGUAUGAGAAAUAGAAAACAUGAGACUAAAGAGUAAAAUAAGGAACAAGAAUGAGUCUCUUUUUGGUGGCUUAAAUUGAAGUACUUCUGCCCAAAACCAUUGUCAUAAAAGCAGUGAAAGGCACUAAACUUUAAAUUGGAACAUAUCACUGUUUCAGCCCUAAAAAGCAUGAACAAAAGUUUUUGUUCUGUUCCAGCUAUAUCUUGUCUAAGUGCAAACACUGUGCUUCAGUAAAAACACCGCCAUAGGAUUAAAAAACAUUUUUGCAUUGCGUAAGCCUGUGCUAUAGAUAUGUAAUGUGACUACUGUUUUGUGUUGACAGUAUUGCUUUAUACAGUUAUUGUAUUUGAAAGGAAUCUGAUCCUUUCAAAUAAACAUGGUGUAUAUUGUUCUUACUGGACUAUUUCGGUGGUGUAAAUAAUAAAUACCUUUUCUUAAAACAUUGGUUACCAGCUUUAUAUUAUCGCAAGUAUUUUGCCUUUUUGUUGUAUCACCAAAAAAAAAAAAAAAUGGGUGCAGGCAAGGAC